ACGUUGUCCAUCCUGCUGAUGCUCCCUCGUCUCAUCGUAAACUCUUGUGCACCCUCUGGUGCUUGCUAGUCUCCCAAACUUCUUUGUGUAGCCUGCUUUGCAGAUUGUCUUCCUUGUCUGUGUGGUUGCUCAUUAUUCAGAGACAGACGGAUCUCAGGUCAUCUGCAGCUGCAGCAAAGGAGAAGCAGGAAAGAUGGCGAUCAUCCAUUAGACCGACCGGGCGCACGCAUGAAAUACGAGGACAACUUUUGGGAGGAUCGCUUGAGGAGAAGAUUGUACCAGUUUCCCUGAUUUUCCAGGGAGUGCUCCCUCUUUUCAGUGAUGGAGGUAUUGCAGUGUGAUGGCUGUGACUUCCGUGCAGAGUCAUAUGAUGACUUGAAGACCCACAUUCAGGAAGUGCACACUGUUUUCCUGCAGCCUGCAGAUGCAGACGAGUCUGACUCUCUGAAAGACGAGGAAGAGGAGGAGGAAGAGGAGGAAUAUGAGGACAAGGAUGACAAGGAUUAUACGCCUCCUAAAGCUGGAACGAGCCCCAACUCUACUGACAAUUCCAGCCAAACACCACAGAAGCAGACAGCAGAAACACACCUGCCGUUUUACCAGUGCAAGUUCUGUGUCCGUUACUUCAGAUCGAAGUCGUUCUUAAGAAACCACACCAAAAAAGUGCAUAAUGUUGUAGAGGACGACUCGGAUGCAAGUAUCUCCUCACAGACAGCGAAGCAGCCCAGCUACACCGUUAUAAUGCACAGUGACCAUUCAAAAGUGUAUUCCUGUCAGUAUUGCACGUACAAGUCUCCACGCAAAGCAAGGAUAAUGAAACAUCAACUAAUGUAUCAUAACAAGGUUCCCUCAGAGGGCGCUGGGGAUGCUUCAGUGUACGCAGAGACCGGAGAGGAAUCAGACUCAGCCAGUGGACUCAUGAAGGGAACAUUUGCUUGCGAAUGGUGUGACUAUCAGACUGACCAGAAGGACAGCUGGACUAAUCACGUGGUGAAGGAACACAGUGACAAGGUCAAGAUCGUUUCCUGCAUUGCGGAGCUGGAAGGGGAGGCAAGUGCCAACUCACCCAAACCAGAUUCUCCCACCGCUUCCCGAAGCCCGAAUAGAUCAAAGAUGAGCUUCACGGAUGUCCAAGGAAAGGAAGAGGCAGCAGGAAAAACAGCAGAAAAUAACUCAGAGGAGUCAGUCCCAGAGAUCUCAUCUUUUCAAUAUGCACAGAUUAGUGCAGUAACACCCAACAGCACAGGUUCCUCCAUUCUGUCCAAGAGGUUCGCUUCAUCUGACGUCUCCAACAGCAUCGUAGAAAUAGAUGCCAACUUGCUCAAUGAGGAGGACUCUAGAAGCAGCUUAGAGGAUGAUGAUGAGGAAGAUUUGGGUGAUAUAGAUGAUCCCAGCUAUACCGGGACCCUGUCAGCAGAUGCAAAGCAGCUUUUAACUGAUGAGGAUAAUAAAUUACUGGAAACUAAAGGAAUACCAUUUAGAAAGUACAUGAACCGAUUUCAGUGCCCGUUCUGCUCCUUCCUCACCAUGCAUAGGCGGAGCAUCUCCCGCCACAUUGAAAACAUUCACCUUUCUGGUAAAACCACAGUGUAUAAAUGUGAUGAAUGCCCGUUUAUUUGCACCAGCCCUCUUAAACUAGGCACGCACAAACAGAGCCACAUAUCCUCAGAUUUAGACACCAUGGACUUAACGAGUGAUAGUCCAGAUCCUCAUAAUGAUAGCGCCGCAGAGCCAGUUAAUGGGGGUAAUGUAAGCUCCAAAGUCAAUGGAAAAAAGAUAACCAGCACACCGAAUGACCAGCAGAACCCUCACCGCUGCACACUCUGCAGCUUCUCUACUACCACUCUAAAAGGUCUGAGGGUUCACCAGCAGCAUAAGCAUUCCUACUGUGAUGACCUAGAUCCCACUGUCUUUGAAAGCCAGCUGACAGACCAGCCAGAUUCUGAAGCGGACGCUUCUCCAAUCUUUCUACAAAAAACCCAGACCUCCAUUCUAGGACUUGCCACCAAAAAGCCCUUAGUAACAGGGAAAAGAGCCAGGAAGUCCAUUAAUGACUUGCCUUUGGAUUUGUCCUCAGUUAAGAAGAGAACUAGAAUUGAUGAAAUUGCCAGUAACCUUCAAAGUAAGAUAAGCCAAAGCCAGCAGGACAUGAUCAUAAACCUAGAUGACAUGGAUGACGAAGAUGCAGGAGAAAAUCACAGCAGUGCUGAUAAAGAGGGUAGAAACCAUGACAAUAAAACCCCUGUCUUCACUUAUAACACACAACAGCUUCAUGCAAGAGAAUCGAUGAUCUCUAACGAGGGAGGCAGAAUAGGCAAAAGAAAAAGCAACCCUAAGUCAAAACCUAGAAACAUUCCUAUAUCGAUGACUCUCUCAGAUGAUAGUGAGAACAUCUCUGCUGACCCCAAUGACAGCGCUAUCCAGGAGAAUACUGAUUAUUCAGAGGAACCAGGAACGACACGCUUCUACUGUAAACACUGUGAUUAUCACAACAAGUCAGCUCGUAGCGUCAGCACCCAUUACCAGAGGAUGCACCCUUACAUCAAGUUCAGCUUUAAGUACAUCCUGGACCCUGAGGACCAGAGUGCAGUUUUCCGUUGCUUAGAGUGCUACAUCGAAUACACAAAUUACAAUGACCUGCACCAACACUACAUGGAUCACCACCCUGAAGCAAGCAAUGUGCUCAAUUUCAACCAACCAAAUCUGGUUUAUAUGUGCCGCUUUUGUUCGUACACGAGCCCCAAUGUCAGGAGCCUAAUGCCCCAUUACCAAAGAAUGCACCCCACAGUGAAAAUCAACAACGCUAUGAUCUUCUCCAGCUAUGUAGUCGAGCAGUCCCACAAAACGGGCGAAUCGCAAACCCUGAGGGAAAUAUUAAACUCUGGCCCCAAGAAUUUAAACUCCCCCACGUCAACCCCCAGGUCCUCCUCCAGCCCAGUGCUGAAAACGGUGCCCAAGACCCCUGAAGCCCCUGCUGAGCCAGAUCCUCUUAAAGAAUCUACAGGUGGCAAUGUUGUCGUCUAUGAUUGUGAUAUGUGUUCCUUUGCUAGUCCCAACAUGCACUCCGUUUUGGUCCACUAUCAGAAAAAACACCCAGAGCAAAAGGCUUCUUAUUUCCGUAUACAGAAAACCAUGAAGGUCAUAUCGGUCGAUCAGUCGCAGCCCGUUGCAAACUCUUCAUUUAAUCUCAGCAUGGCUACACCUCCAAAACAACCAAGUGCAGCGUUGUAUGGAACAGAUGAAGAAAUGUACUACUGUAAACACUGCGUGUACAGCAACAGAUCUGUUGUUGGCGUGUUGGUUCAUUAUCAAAAGAGACACCCAGAAGUAAAAGUGACAGCAAAAUAUAUCAAACAUGGCGCCCCCACCCCUGGAUUGAUGAAGUUAAUGGAUGAAUUGCAAAUUGCGGCUCCCAAGCAGCUUUUAAAGCAGUUUCAAAAUAACGGUCAUGAUGGAUCUAACAACACAAGCCCUAAACCAGGAAGUGGUGAGAAAGGUGAGGAUGAGCUGUUCUUUUGUCAGCACUGUGAUUAUGGCAACCGCACUGUAAAAGGAGUGCUUAUUCACUACCAGAAAAAGCAUAGAGAAACCAAGGCCAAUGCCGACCUUGUGCGUCGCCACACUGCAGUUGUCCGGAGUCAGCGCGAGCGUGCUCAGAUGGUUCAGUCCAGCAGCGUCUCUACUGCCUUGAUCCCAGCUCCUCCAGACCCUGAAAACACUACGCCCCUGCGCUCCCUGAAAUGCAGACACUGUUCCUACACGUCCCCUUACGUCUAUGCCCUGAAGAAGCAUCUGAAGAAAGAGCACCCCACUGUGAAAGCCACAGCGAUGACCAUUUUACACUGGGCUUACCAAGAUGGCAUUCUUGAGGCUGGCUACCACUGUGAGUGGUGCAUUUAUUCCCACGCUGAACCCCAAGGCCUGCUGCUCCAUUACCAAAGACGCCAUCCUGAGCACAAUGUCGAUUACACGUACAUGGCCAGCAAGCUAUGGGCUGGUCCGGAGACCACCCAACAAGGGGGCAAUAUGGAAACUAAACAUUACAAAUGCAGAGACUGUGCCUUUGAGGCCUGUACAAUAUGGGACAUCACAAGUCACUAUCAGGCAGUCCACCCAUGGGCCAUUAAAGGGGAUGAAUCUGUGCUUUUGGAUAUUAUCAAAGGAAAUGGCCCAGAUGAAAAGAUCCACCAGCAGGUUGUCAAAGAACAUGUGUCUUUUAAUUGCCAGGCUGUUGAAGAUGAUGGAGCGCUAGUCAUUGUCACCCCAACUCAAGACAGCAAUCCCCAUCCUUCCCACCCACGUCUUUCCAUCUCUAACAAUCCUUAUCAGUGCACUGUGUGUCUGUCAGAGUACAACAGUCUCCAUGGUCUUCUCACUCACUAUGGAAAGAAGCACCCAGGCAUGAAAGUAAAAGCUGCAGAUUUUGCACAGGAGGCAGACAUCAACCCAAGUUCUGUGUACAAAUGUCGUCACUGUCCGUAUGUAAACUCCCGAAUCCACGGUGUCCUGACUCACUAUCAGAAGAGACACCCAUUAGUGAAAGUCACUGCGGAAGAUUUUGCAGAUGAUAUAGAGCAAAUCCCUGACUUAAAUGAAGGAGACGACAAGUGCAAAACUCAAAGGCAAGGCUACGGAGCAUACAGAUGCAAAAUGUGCCCGUAUACACAUGGGACACUGGAGAAACUCAAAAUCCAUUAUGAGAAAUAUCACAAUCAGUCUGCCUCUGAUAUGUUCACUGCCUCUCAGACACAUUUCUCUCCCGGGAAAGAUACAGAGCCAGUAGCCGAAUGCAGUGCUGGUAAUAUAUCAAGCGCAGCAAAAGUCCAGGAGGUCAGUGAAUUGGACCUUGCCCUCUCCCAGUUACCCAUCAAUAAGACAGAGAAGCAUGCUGUAUUCAAGUGUCAGCUCUGCAAAUACUUCUGCUCCACCAGGAAAGGCAUUGCUCGUCACUACCGUAUCAAGCACAACAAUGUCCGUGCUCAGCCUGAGGGUAAAAACAAUGUCUUCAAAUGUGCUCUAUGUUCAUACACAAACCCUAUACGCAAAGGUCUGGCAGCACACUACCAGAAGCGGCAUGAUAUUGAUGCUUAUUAUACCCAUUGUCUGGCUGCUUCCAAGACUAUAAGCGAAAAGCCUGCUAAAGUGAUUCCACCCCCGCCGCCAGAGGGGGAAAAUUCAGAAAUGAGUGAAGACUUGCGCUUGGCUGUGGAGAGACGAAGGUGUUCUCUUUGCGCUUUUCAGGCCUUCAGCAGGAAGAGCAUUGUCUCACACUACAUUAAACGCCACCCUGGUGUCUUCCCCAAGAAGCAGCACUCGAGCAAGCUUGGUCGCUACUUUACCGUUAUCUAUGCCAAAGAACCUGAGAAGAACGCUGUCGGUGCAAUGGUAGAGGACGACAAGGAAGUGCUGGAGGCUCAGCUUGAGCCUGAGCAGGACAGAGAGGUUGAAUGGCUGCCAUUCAAGUGUCUAAAAUGCUUCCAGUUGUCCUUCAGCACAGGCGAGCUGCUCUCUAUGCACUACAACGACCACCACAGCAAUGACUUGAAGAGGGACUUUCUGGUGUCGCCCAGUCCCGGGGAUGAGGACUCCGAGUUGUACCAGUGUUCUCACUGUGAGUUGAAGUUCCUGGCUCUCCCAACUCUGGCUAAACAUCUGUUGAACCACAAUGAAGAGUUUCAGAAGAGGGCCAUGAGGCAGGAGAGGAGGAGGCAGCUGCUCUGCAAACAGAAGGCAGCAGAACUACCUGAGAUAAAACCUGAGAAGGAAAGCCCUGUAAAUAAAGCUCCCAUUGGGUUCAGGUGUAACUUCUGCAUAGAGAUGCACCCCACCCUCCGAGCCAUCUGCAACCACCUGAGGAAGCACGUCCAGUAUGGAGAAGUCAAAGAGGGACAUGUCAAGCAGGAAGUCAGCGAGGUCCCCCUGACGAUGCCUUCAGAGAGCCUGACUAAUGGCGACCUCGAGGGGGAUGAAGCAGCUGAAGCCGACAGCCUCGAGAGACCCGCGGCUACGAUGAUGGGCCCACCCUUGGUUUCCACAGCUUCUGCUGGUGUUGCCGUUGCAGCGGAGACACAGGAAGCAGAAACGGAUGCUGUUGAAGGAAGGGCAGCGGCCCUCGUGGCUGCAGCGAGGGCCGUGGUGUCAGAGGGUGAACUGAAGCAGCGAUUAGUAGCAGGCGGUCACCCAUGUGCCCAGUGCGACAGAGUCUUCAUGUCCAUGCAGGGACUGAGGUCCCACGAGAGGAGUCACUCAGCCAUGGCGCUGUUCAGCAGAGAAGACAAAUACAGCUGCCAGUACUGCCAGUUUGUCUCACCCUUCAGACACAACCUGGACAGACAUGUGCAGUCUCACCACGGGCACCACAAGCCCUUCAAGUGCAAACUCUGCCCCUUUAAAUCUGCCUACGUGAGUCGCUUGAAGAGCCACCUGCACAAGGCACACACAGGUGAGCAGCACACAUACAAGUGCUUGUCGUGCCCCUUCUCCUCCAUGACCAUCAGUCAGCUGAAGGAGCACUCUCUGAGAGACCAUGGCGAGGCCCUGACCCUCCCCAAACUCCGGGCUGCGACCCACGCUGCUCAUGGCACCCUCAGGCCCUCACGGCUGACCAGUAACACAGAGCAGACUUCCUUGGCCCCGGAUGAUCCGUCAUACCUGGAGCCUGCGGAUGUUCGUCAGCAGCUUAGUCAUUACCAGCUGGCCUCCCGCAGUCAAAUGUCUUCCGGCUCCACACCUGGUGGCUCAACAGUGGCUGAUAAUCGACCAGACAGCAUCCUCACUUGUGAGUUCUGUGAGUUCAGCUCUGGAUACAUGCAGAGCCUGCGUCGGCACUACAGGGACCGCCACGGUGGCAAAAAGCUCUUCAAGUGCAAAGACUGUUCCUUUUUCACCUGCUACAAGAAUACCUUCACCAUGCAUGUGGAGGCCGGUCACAACAACAAUGCACCUGACAACCUCCCUAAAGACCUGCGCUGCCCUCUCUGCCUCUACCACACCAAACACAAGAGCAAUAUGAUCGACCACAUCGUCCUGCACAGAGAGGAGCGCGUGGCUCCGCUGGAGGUCAGCCGCUCCAAGCUGUCGCGCCACCUGCAGGGCCUCAUAUUCCGUUGCCACAAAUGCACCUUCACAUGCUCCAGCGACCAGGCCCUGCAGCUGCACCUGCAGAAGCACGCCGAGAUCAAACCCUACCAGUGCCAGCUCUGCUAUUACGACAGCAGUCAGCGGAGCCAGCUAGAGGAGCAUCUGCGCCUUGAGCACAAGGUUGUCCGGAACUUUGAGCUGAUGGGCCGCGUCAACCUGGACCAGCUGGAGAUGAUAAAGGAACAAGAGAGCAGCGGCGAGGAGGAAGAAGAUGGAGAAAUUAUGGAAAUGGUUGAGGAUGAAAAAGUGGCUGAGGAGGACGAUGACGACGAAGGAAUGGCGAUUAUGGAGAACUUGGUGGAGGAACAGAGAGAGAUGGAUGAUGAAGAGAUGGAGAACAACAUCAAAGAGGAGGAGGAGGACGAAGAGGAGGAAGAAGAUGAAGAGGAAGUCAGGGGGGUGGAGGAGGAGAAGCCUGGACUACAAGAGGUCCUUGCAUCUCCCACCAGCAGCAGCAGCAGCAGCUCUGCAGAGAAGCGUCUUCCCUGUGAGUUCUGUGGCCGCUGCUUCACCAACAGCCUCGAGUGGGAACGUCAUGUGCUUCGACAUGGCAUGAUGGUUAACAACAGUCAAAUGGAUACCAGCACCACCUCCGCAUUAGAGGCCUCAGCUUCUUCUUCCACUGGCUCCUCUGUCCUGAUGGACACAGGAUUGGACCUGUCCACCAACACCAACCACGAGGAUGGGAACCCAGCUGAUCUAUCACUGAGAAGUCCAAGCCAGUAUGUUGAAGACAAAGAAAUGCUCAACACCAAAAAGGAUCAACAGUUUGGUUGAACUGAUUGUGGCCUCUUGGGAUAUUGUGCUAGAAACUGAUAACUUUGGGUAGGAUCAGCACUGAGUUGGAUCUUAAAAUAGGACAUCAAAGGAAACAAAAAGAUUGAAACUGAAAAAAAAGUGACUUGUUAUGAGUUGGCGCAUUACUAGAUUUUAGGUGUUACAUAUUUAAGUAUUAGAUUGUGCUGCAUAAAACGGCUGAGCUCUUAAAACGGGCAGUCCCCUAGGACAGAUCUUAAUAUAUUGGUAACCAAUAGUGAACAGAACUCUUUAUUGCUGACAUUCUGGUCAAAUCUACAGUGAAAGAUCCCACCUAGAUAAAACGAAGCUAUUUAUAAAGAAUGUUGUCCAAAAUGAUUAACUAAAUUGAGUAUUUUAUUAUUUGAAGCACCUUUUACACUACCCCAAAACAGGGGUCCUGUAAAUUUACCCAAAAGGAACAAACAAGAUAUGAAAGCAUUUAAAACCGUGGCCCACCCCAGCGCUACCUUUUCUUGUUGAAAUCUGAGACUUUUUUCAUCUUAGCCUUGUGUUAAAUGUGUAGAAGUAUCCCUUGAGAAAGAGUCGCACCUUAUCUAUUUUAGUAAAACCACAAAUCAUCUUUUUUUCAUUUGUAGAAAUACUGACAAUUUCCCCAAAUGUUUGUAGCAAAUUGCUAUAUUUUAGGUCCCUUAAUAUUAUACUACGUAUAAGCCUUCAGCCUGUGGCACCCUUCAUAUUUUCACUGUAAUAUUUAAUUGUCCAGUAAUUUCACUGAUGAGAUCAUGGAAAUAAUGGGAGUAGUUUAAAUCUCCUGUCCCCCUUUAAGAUAUAAUGUUGUUUGUAGGCCAGGUUAAACAACAUCACAGUUAACCUGUGCACUCAGCGGAACAAUAUAACAACAGAGACGUUUUUAAUGUGUCAUGACUGUAUCCGUAUGAUAUAGGUAUCCGUUAAGCUGAGCGUAACAAGAGUUAGCCUGGGACAUAACUACAGGUUUUUACAACAUGGCAUGAUAUUUAUUAUCAUGAUCAGUAGACAGAGAUUACACUUGUCUUUUCAGUGCAAAAUAGUAAUAUGAUGAGCCAGAAUCCAGCUCUGUCCACAUGUUGACAGUUUAAUGUAAAGUUUGGAGGAGGCUGAGUAUUGAAGCCAGUGCAUAAGUGCCUUAAAAUGCAGCCACUUUAAUUGCUUUAAAGAAAAAUCAGCUAGUUUGAAAUAACAGAAAAUCAGCCCCAAUCUUUCUUCCAAAAUGUAAAAAAUGUAUGGCUUGUAUGGUAAUUUCAUGUCAGUCAGGACAAGUUUAGUCCAAGAAAACUUUUAUUUCUAUUUGCAGUAAGAUAUUGGCGAUAAUUUGCAUACGGCAAGCUGGUUGGUAUCAACAUGAUGAUACAUGAACAUGACUACAAUAUGGUCAAUCGCGUUCAGUCUCGUAUAUGUUACGUCACUGUUUGGGCCAAUGUUCAGGAUGCUCGAACAAGAUAUUAACUGAAGUUCAAUUAAGGAUUUUCUGAAAACUCCACCUUAUAGCUGUCCUUAACCGCUUAUCUGAACUCAGGUGACAGGGGCCUGGAGCCAAUCCCAGCUGAUAAUGAACGAGAGGCGGGGUACACCCUGGGCCUGGACAGGAUGACACACCGAGAAAGAUUCUAUUCACGCUCUCAUUCACACCUACGGGCAAUUUUAGAGUCACCAAUUAACCUAACCUGCACGUCUUUGAACUGAUGGGGCAAGCCUGAUUUGAACCCGCGACCCUCUUGCUGUGAUGUGAAAUACAUCAUAUCUUUACCAACAUCAUAUUGGAUUAAAGUAAAUUUGACCUUUUUGUAACUGCGUGAAGUUAGUACUACCUGCACUAGUGCAAAACAGCAGCAAAGAGGAUGUUGAGACUUAAAGUGUCAGUUUGACCAGAUUACAAAAAUAAUAUAUAAUAUAAUCUCAUCAAUUUUUGGUGGUAUUGAACCAUUCAGAUAUUUUUAGUGUAUUCGAUGAAGUUUUAAAAUAUCCGACCCUGAGAUUUCUGCCGAUCCAAAGGAAGUGGAUAGAAUUUAGUUUGUUAUACUCACAGCAUUAAAAACAUUUGAGCAUUAUUCAUUGCGUGUUAUUUUAUCUGGAUUGAAAGGGAUUGCUGUUUAUGGAAAGAAAUGCUGCUAAGUGUGUUUUUAUUCUGUGAGUACCACAAAUUAUGUUCCUUGCUAAACUGUGUAUAAGUGGAGCCAUGCGUGAUUGACAGAUGUCUCUGCCGUUCACAGUCAGCCCUAGUGAUUACCUCAGCUCCAUCCUGGUUCCAACAUAUCACCCAAAUUCAGAUUUUUUUAGGCUUCAAAUGACUGACAGGUUGGCAUUAAGCAUUAAACUCAAAUCUUUGCUUCAAGACGUCCCUUCAGAAACUUAUGGCUGAUGCCACAGACACCACAGACAUGUUUUUGUCCAGUUUUGACACGAUGGGAUACACUGAAAAGACAAAUGUAACCAAGUUGGAAAGCCCUAAAACCAUUUGUUUCCACAUAUAAAGACUAUAUUUGCCACUGGGACUGUAUGUUGAAGUUUGACUUUUAAAAGGUGUCAAAUCCCCCGACUUAAACCCCUUUAAAUUCUGUAUCGGCACAACUGUCAUAGUCUGCAUAUGUGUGCUUCUUUUUAGAAAAAAGUUGUUGUUGAUACUGACAAAAGGCAGAGAUUGUAUUUGUUGGAAGUUGCUGCUUGAAUGCCCUUAAGCCUUAUAAGAUAAUGAAUAGCAAUUUAAAAAAAAAAUCAAAGUUAAAUUUAUAUCAAAUCCCGAUAAGACCAAUAAGCAAUGUUAAACAAUCUGAGAUAAAAUGGCUGAUAACGACAAAAUCAAAUUUAUAGAGGAGCACAAUUAAUGUAAUUGUGUUCUUGGUACCAAAAUAUUUACCAAGCCUGCUGUGUUUGCUGCUGUGAUUGUCUUUACUGAGCAUUGAACCAUUAAUGGAAAUGGGAAAUUUGGGUUUGGAACCUAGGAGAACCACGUUUGCAGCCAUGUAUAGAAAACAAAAACUACUCGUUAAGUGUUUAAACCGUGGUGUUUCAGAAAGGAUACUUUAACCCUUUUUUUCCUUUAGGUGUUCUCAUUUUAAAAAAAGAAGAAAAGAAAAAAAGAAAUCUAAAGAUGAUAGCUAACCGUUUGGGGCUUUUUGAGUCCCCAAUCCAACAUUAUUACGCUGUUGUACAAUGUCUGGUUACAAUGAAAAAUAUCUCCUUUUUUGUACUGUAAUGGGAAUGAGCAGAUAUGAAGAGCAGUGUGGUUGUACAAUAUUUAAACAUGUGAAGGAAAAGAUGCAGUUCUCUACUAAUUAAUGGCCUGGGCUUUUAUUGUGAAGAAGAUAAACUUGGCAAAAUAAGAAGAGACGAGAAAAACAAUGUUCCUUUGGGAGCAUUUACCUAAACUGCUUGGUCCUUUUCUGGGCUUGACCAUCAUUUGGGCUCCCAGUUGACUAUAGAUCCCUCUGAGAUCUAGCUGACUCAUGACUCCAAUCCAACAUCUGACACUCCAUGAACCAAUAAGGGUGUCAGCUCACUUGCUCCAAGUAGGCCUGCCUGUAGUCUACCCAGUCAACAAGAGGUGGGAAUGUAGCAGCCCCACUGACCUCCUCAGUCCUUGUAAUACCUUAAAAACCUGUUGAGUUGGUGCUGAAUCUCAAAGCCCUUUUUUCUGUUUUUCAGGACCAGCCUGUAGCUUUUUGAAAGUAAAACUGUUUGAAAACUAUUGUUGUAGAAAUAAGCUUUGUAAGGCAGCUUGUUGCCCAGCUUGAAAGCCCAGUGUAAACCAGAUGAUAAACUGGGACAAUCUGGGUAAUGAAGCUGUCAACCCAAAAUUGUUUGUUGUUCUGUGAUCAUUUUAAUAGAAAAUGACUAUGAAUCCCUCACUGUGUGCAGUCUUUGGACUGUGAUGUUCCCAGUUUACCCAAAGUUAAACCCCUGCUGACAACACACUGGAUACUUGUAUAUAUGUUUAGUUUGUUUCCGAUGCAUUUCUCUUUUCAGACUGUUGUCUCCAUAGUUUGACACUAGAAUCUCUCCUUCUUGCCUUUCUUCCCAUAUAAAUCUGAUUACCUGAUGGUGGGUCGUGAUGUUGCCUAGAAUGAUUGUUUACAAUUUUAUUCCAUUUAUCUCUGGAUAUUCUGUAAAUAUUGUAAUUCAUUGUCUUUUUUUAACUUGAUAAUAAAGUUAUCAGAUAACGGUUAA